CUAUUGGUGCGUCACGACUUUAAAUUCCAAACGGCUGUGUAUGAUUCAGACACUGAAGAGGGCUUUUUGAAACAGAGUAUUUUGUAUUGAUUGGUGGUACAGUUUAUACAUCUAAAAAAGGUUUUAUAAUUUCAUCCCGGGUGUCCGGUAUUUUCAGGAUGAGUUCUGUCGGAGUUAAUGAUGAGAACUGUGCGGUCAUCCCAGCAGAAAAGCACAGCAGCUUGUGUCAGGACAGAUUUUUCUUGGAUCAGCCCACUGGGAGGUCGUCUAUCCUCCGUCAGACAGAGAACCUGCCCAGUAAGACCAUGCCAAAGGGCGCUAAGGUUUGUUUUCAGACCCCAAGAAGAGACCCUGUGACUAAAAGGAUUAUGUCUCCCAGCAACUCCAUCAAUAUUACCCAUGUGGAAGAGAACAUGAAAGUAAUGGAGUCUCUCAAUUUGGAUAAAUCAGACAUUUUACUAAAUGAACCCACCGAGCCUGCAAAACAAGCAGAACCAUCAUCUUUGCCUGGCGACGACAUGCCAAUUCAGAGCAGCGGCGGCUAUCGGCUGGAUUUUGACAACCUAGAUGCCAUGAAUCCUUUUCAGGGCUCCAAAAAGAUGACUCUCUCUCCUGUGAGGCCUGUUGUCAAAGAUCCAUUAGAUACUCGGCAGACAGAUUCAGAGAAUAUCCUUCAAAAACUAGAAGUCGAAGCCACGCUGGACGACACACUGCCAUUCGUGGAAAACUCGCUGGGAGACGUCUCAGGCAACAUCAGCUCCACAGACAGCAGCGUGGUCACAGUGAAUGUGGCAAAGGUACCUGAAAUGGAAGAACAAGACUCGUGCACACCACCUGUUGAGAAGAAAUCUGUUGGCAUGUGCGCAAUUGAUCCUUUCCAGACAGCAGGUGGAUCACUGUCUGGCAACUUACCUCCAACAACAGGUGAAUUCUGGAUUUUACAGCCUCCAGAGGAAAAGAAACCUGCCGAUGUGACUGAUGCUCCUGAGGAGAAAAUGAUGCCUGUCCAGCUGGAUAUGAAGCCCACAGCAACAGUUCCUCCAGUUCCAGCAGAAACGGCUGAAUCAGAGCCUGCUGAUGUUCACGUUCAAGGGGGACCAAUCAAACUUGAGUUCAACUUCGGCGACGCCAGUGAAAUCAAACGGAAAAUGCCACCUAAAAAGCUUGGAAAAAGGUCCACUGAUGUAAAACAUAAGGGAGGAAAGCCGGCGUCAGAUGCUAAACCAUCUGAAGAGGCUGCUGUAGAAGCAGGUCCCAUUGAUGCUGCUGACGUUCCAACUUCCCAAGGUUCUUACCUCUUUGACUCAAAGAUGUUUGAGGAUCCAAACCUUAAUCCUUUCAGCACUAAAACAAAAAUUGCCAACUCUCCAAAGAGCAACAUUAUACCCGGCCCUGUGCUCCAAGAAAUGGCAGCUUCUGCAGAAAUAAAGGACCCUGAGGAAGAGGGAGCUACAGCAUCUGAGAACGCUACUGAGAUGUUGCCUCCUGCUGAGCCCCAUCAAGCAGCGAUGGGCGAUCAUGUGGUUCUCUUUGAGAAAGACCUGGAAGAUGGACAGGGGAGCCAGAACGCCCAAGUCCUGAUGCCUCCUGAGCAGCAGUCUCUGAUGGGUUCUCUGGAGUCUAAUGAAGAGUUUGUUCCUGGAACCAUGUUCAUGGCCAACGACUUUGAUGGGCAGAUUGAUUACCUUGAGCAGUUUGGCUCCAGCAGCUUUAAGGAGUCUGCACUGAGGAAACAGUCAUUGUACCUAAAGUUUGAUCCCCUCCUGAGUGAGAGCCCAAAGAAGUCUGUAGGCCCAGCUGCUCAGCUGCUCUCUGCUGCCCCUCCUGGACUGGCCUCACGGCUCAACGAUGCAGAGAAAGGGUCAACAGAAGGCCCACAAAAAGAUGUUCUCAAGCUGGUGGAGGAUGCAGCGGCCCCUCCUCCAAUCCUGCAGAGUUUUGUCCCUCCAUUUCCCAAACCUGCAGACGCCGAGGAGGCCAUCAUUGACGUGCUAAAGUACAGCCAGAAAGACCUAGAUGCAGCCAUUGCCAAGGUGCAGGCAGAGGCCAAGGAGAAAGAGGAGCAGUGGAGUGCCAAGCUUAAAAAGCUGCAAGACCAUGGUCAAGAAAUGAGGAAAGUAAUCGCAGAAUUUGAGCUGUUGAUUGCAAACAUGAAUGCCAAUCAGGAGAAGCAGAGGGAGGAGGCCCAGAAGAAUCUCAACAAGGCUCUGAUGGAGAAGGAGCAGGUGUCCAGCGACCUGAAUGCCAUGGAGAGAUCGUUUGGCGAGCUGUUUAAGAGACUCGAGAAGUAUAAGGAAGUUGUGGAGGGUUACAAAAAGAACGAAGAGACACUGAAGGCCUGUGCACAAGACUACUUGACAAGGAUGAAGAAGGGGGAGCAACGCUACCAGACACUGAAGGCUCACGCUGAGGAGAAAAUCAACCUUGCAAAUGAAGAGAUCGCUGAGGUUCGAUCGAAAAAUAAAGCAGAGAUUUCAGCUCUUCAAGCCCAGCUGAGACGGGAGCAGCUGAAGAUUCAGUCACUGGAGAAGAGCCUGGAUCAGAAGGAAAAAGAGGUGGAAGAGCUCACCAAGCUCUGCGACGAGCUCAUAUCAAAUGUUCAGAAAAGAUGAGCUCAUCUAUUAAUAAUACUCGUUUCUGUUUCACUUUGUUGCCUGUUUUUGUGCUCAUGUAGUUUAUUUUUGUGUUUGUCAGUGUUUCUAUACUGUAUAAUAAAGACAAUUUACCAAUUUAAA